GCGAUAUCCCCAGAGGUGUUUGAUGCUGAAGAGAUUCCAAUAUCUGGCUUUAAUGAUUUAGAUAUAUCUCAAUCAUUUAGAAGAAAACUAUUAGUACCGUUUUGUAAAGAUUUUAUUAAACAAAAUCAAGUAGAAAAAUUAAAUUCUGGAGGCUGUCAUUCUUAUACUACUCCUCUUCUAUGUGAAAUUAUUAAAAUGGACGAUCCAAGAUGGAUUAUGAU